GUGCUUGCUGAGUCUAAUCCCAGCCGAUACGGCUUUCUCUGGUUUGAUGAGAUAUACGUCCUUCUGGAUUUGCUGCUCCAGCAGCACUACCUGGCCAGCUGCAGCGCCUCCUUCUCUGAAAACUUCUACAGCUUGAAGAGGGUAGCGAUAGGAGACGGCAGACGGCAUCCUCUGGCCACUGCUGGCCUGCCAAAGAGGCAGCACUGGAAGUCUCUUCUCUUGCUGGUUCUUGUUCCUUACCUGAAAGGAAAGCUAGAGAAACUGGUGUCCAGCCUGAGGGAAGAGGAUGAGUACUCCAUCCACCCUCCCUCGUCAUCCUGGAAGCGCUUUUACAGAGCCUUUCUAGCCGCCUACCCCUUUGUAAACAUGACCUGGGAGGGUUGGUUUCUUAUCCAGCAACUAUGCUAUAUCCUCGGGAAAGCUCAGCAUCAUUCACCCAUGCUGCGGCUGGCUGGUGUUCGCCUUGUCCGACUGACUGCAGAGGACAUCCAGGCCCUGGAGAAGAAAUUGGCUGGAGCCACCUCAAGCCAAACACACAGCAUUAAAACACAAGUGCAGUCUGCAGCGAGGAAGGCGUUGGGUGGCAUUGCCUUCUCCCUGUCCACCGGGCUGUCUGUCAGCGUGUUCUUCCUCCAGUUCCUGGACUGGUGGUACUCCUCCGAAAACCAAGAGACGAUCAAAUCUCUGACAGCGCUCCCAACUCCUCCACCCCCUGUGCACCUCGACCACGGCGCCGGCUCAGCCCUCUUACCCAAAUUGAAGACCAUGUGCCCUCUGUGCCGCAAAAUCCGCGUCAAUGCCACGGCCCUGUCCACCUCAGGCUUCGUGUUCUGCUACCGCUGCGCGUACAGUUAUGUGAAGACCCACCAGCGCUGCCCCGUCACGGGCUACGCCACAGAGCUGCAGCACCUCGUCAAACUGUACUCUCCCGAGAGCUGAAUGGCCCGCCUCGUGCUUUCAGAGUGCACCUCCCAGGCUGGUGGCUGGGUGGCA